GCAAAUUAUUUGUUUAUUGUGGAUUUUCUGUGUAAAUUGCUUUUUUAUCCUUUAAAUUUAGUUAAUGAUACGAUUCCUGUAGUUAACCAAGCGAAACAGCGUGUAUUUGUUAUUCAUGUACGCAGAGAAUACUAAGCCAUGGCGGAUGAUCAAAAAGUCGAUAAAUCCCUUGAAGGGGAACCAUUGGAUGAUGUCGACACAAAUAUAGCAGUAUCCUCAAGCGACGUGUGUAGUGUUGCUGGAAGUGUGAAGAAUCCGAAGACACAGCGCAUGUCAUCUUCCUCUGACAGACAAGUAAAGUUUGAAAGAGCACAGAAAGCUUUAGAAAAUGCUGCCCUUGUGUCAAAACGCAUCAAAGAGCACCGAAAAGCCACUGCUGAACUUUUGGGACGUCCAUUUGAGGAAGAUGAUAUUGGAGAUUCAGCAGAAAUGGCAUCCACCAUGAGCGAGCGAACUGGGUACUCAGUGGCAACUGAUACUUCUACCAACAUUUCUGUUCAAGAUGCUUUGAAUAUACCUGGCAUAAGUGAGAGUCUGGCUAACACUUUAAAACAAAAAGAAAUAUUAAUGGAAAGAAUUAAACAGUACAAGGAAAUUAGUAAAAGACCAAUCAAAACAUCAGCAAUAAAAAAAGACCCAAUAAAAGAUUCUAAAGUAGAUGUAAAAAAGAUAACAGACAAUAGUGAUAUCACUCAACUCUUGAACACUCUCAAAGACAAAGAAAAUGCCCUAAGUGUAAUCCAAGUGAAAAUGAAAGCUAUGGAAACAACUAUUCUGGAUUUACAAGAAAAAUUAAAUGAAAAAGACCAAAUUAUUGAAGCUAAAAAUAUGGCAACUACUCUCAUGUCCGAUAGCUUAAGCAAAAAAGAAAAAGAUUCUUUACUCUUGCUUGAAGAUACUAGACAUCAAAUGACAAAAAUGCAAGAAAACUUUAUUAGCAUGGAAACCGAAUGGAAAGACGAGCGGCAGAAGUUAAUCAAGGAAAUUGAAUUAAAAGACGAAAAAAUUCAUAGCCUAGAAGAGGCCAACACCAUCUUAGAAAACUCCAGAUUUGAAAUAACCGUCGCACACUCUAAGUUGCUUGAGGAAUUAGAAUUAAAAAAUAAAGAAAUAUCACAGCUGGAAGAAAGUAUUAAGAAACUGUCAGUGGAUCAACCUCCUGAAGUUUCUCCAAAAGAAAAAGAAGAUUUUGAAGAAGAAAAGGGAUCAAUUGAGAUUUCUCAAAUGGUUGAGUUGUCUAAAAAAGUGGAAUUACUUGAGCAAAUUAAUUGUCAAAUUAGACAGACCAAUAUAGAACUAGAAAAUAAACUGGCGACAGUAAACACUGAAACUAAGGCAGCUGUAGGUUCACCAAGCAAGAAAGCUAGCCCUCUGCCAGGCCGUAAAGGCGGUAGAAAUACUGCAUCCAAAGCGAAAUCGCCCUGGAGUAAUAUGUCUUCAGAAUCAUUACAGCAAGAAUCUGAAAAGAAGGGAAACAAAAAUGAAAUCACAAAAUUAGAAAUGUUAGUACAAUCUCUAAAUAAAGAUAUACUGGAAAAAGAGUAUUUGAUUUCUCAAAAAGAUGUAUGUAUAUCAGAACUCCAAUCCGUAAAAACAUUACAAGAAAACACAAUUCAAGAGCUUAAAAUGACACAAAAUGUGCCUACUGCUGAAAAGGUGGAUAUGGGAAUAGAAACAGAUCCUCUAGAAUCUUUAGUUGACAAUGAUAUUGUGAAAGUCAAGGAUGCAGAUGAAAAGGAUUCGUCUACUGAAGAUCAGAAGUUGGAUGUGACAGAGUUGGAGGAAAAAUUAAAGGCAGCUCAGCAACAAAUUGCUGCCUUGAAUGAAGAGGUUGAUUUAGCUAAUAAAAAUAUGAUCAAGGUAAAGUCAAGUCAUAAGUUGAAGAUAAAACAAAUGCAAAAAACCAUUGAUAACUUUAGUAAGGUUUCUGAUUCAAAUGCUGAAAUUGUUAAGCUUAAUGAAGAAAUGCAUCAACUUACUCAGAAGGUUGCAGAGCUAGAAGAAGAAAAAGGAAAUUUACAGUUGCAUCUUGUUGACUACGACAGUGGAAGGCUCACUGAAUCAGACGUGUACAAGAAAAUGAUAGAAAUGGAAAAUUUAGCUGAGACAAGGCUAAGAGCAAUUAGCGUUCUGGAAUCACAGAAAUUUGAUUUAGUACAAGAAUUACAUGUUUUACAACAAAAGAACAUGGAAAUGGAAGACAAACUUGCUGAUAUUUCUCAGCUUCAAAGUGAACAAGUUUGUUCCGAAAUUAAGUCUGUACAACUAGAAGAACAAAUUGAUGAACUUACUGCGUCACGAAGAGAAUUAGAACUUAUUAUAGACAAUUUGAAAUUAGAUAAAGAACAUUUGAACAGUACAAUUAAAAUAAUUCAAGAAGAGAAAGAUGAACUGACACACAAGUUGGAAAGCUAUAUUCAGGAAAACAUGGAACUAACUGAUAAACUUGAAAAGUUAAGUACUGAAAAAGUCAGUUCAGCAGAAUCAAUAGAAAUCGUAGAAUCUUUAACAACCCAAGAAAAACUGGAACUAGAGGAAUAUAAUAAAGGCAUUAUGGAAUCUAAAUCAGACCCGAAUGAAGACCUAUACAAAAAAAGUGAUGAUGAACAGAACAUACAAAAUUUAGUUGAACAGGCUGCAGAGUUGAAUAAAAAAAUUGACUUAUUUAACCAAGAAAGAGAAGAAGUAAUGGAUAAGAUGAGUAAGAUCAAUUCUGAAAAUGAGAUGCUGCAUGAUGAAAUUGCUAAACUCAACCGUCAAUGUUCCAAUCUACAGAGUAACAUUGAUUUACUAACGAAUGAAAAACACGAUCUUUUAUCGCUAAAUGCUGAUCUCAGUCAUCAAAUAGAAGACCUUAAACGUGAACAUCUAGAAAUCGUGAAAGAAACUGUGGAGGUUCCGAAACCGUCUGUUAUUGAAGAAACUUUAGAAGCAGCCGUUGAUGUCCAGCAAGAUGACAAGGUUUCGGGAGAAAAGGGAGUUAAUCGAAAUAAAUCAGUUAAACAAUUGACUAAAGAAAUAUUAAAAUUAAAAAAUAUCAUCAAAGACAGAGAAGCUGAAAUUGGUGAUUGUCAAAUGAAGAUACUAUCAUUAGAAGAGCAACACCAAAAGCAAAACGAAUUACUUCAGACAAAUGCGUCGUUUGAAGCCAAGUUAAAAUCACUAUCGGAAGAGAACCAAGCCUUGAGAGAUAAGCUGGAAGAUUCCGUUAGUGAUAAGCAAUUUGAGAAGCAAUUAGAGGAGCUUAAAAACGCUAAUGAAAUGUUACAAGAUGAUAUACUGAAAACUCGCCAAGAAUAUAGCAACACCAUAACAGCUCGUGAUGUGAGAAUACAUGAACUAGAAAACUUGUUACGUGAAUAUGAAAUGCAGAUAUUAAAUUAUGGAAACACAUUACAACAGAAAGAUAAAGAACUAGUAGAGUAUAUAAAUCAAAUAACUAAAUUAAACGAUGUUUCUCAAAAACUAAAAUCAACGAUUGAGUUACUUGAAGAAGAAAAAGCUAAAGAUCAAAACGCUGAACUUGUGAAAUCAUUAAAUAAACAAAUAUCAGCCUAUCAGAAAAAGCUAACUGAAGUUGAAGACAAAAUUAAAUCAUUAGAAGAAGAAAAGUCUCAAUUAAUGUCAAUUAAAGUGUCCUUAGAAGGCAAAAACAACAAUAUAGAAACAGAAUUGAAAAAACAUCAAGACUUGUUAUCUGAAAAGCAAACACAAAUAAAAGAAUUGCAAACUCAGCAACAAAAACACUCAGAAGAAGUAGCAAACGUUAUGCUUCAAGCAAAGGAACGUGAUGAAGAAAUUCAUGAAAUUAAAUUGCAAUUAAGAAAAGAGUCUAUUGAAAAUGAAAAAUUACGUAACUUGUUGGCAGAGAAAGAUAAAUCUUCAGAAGAGUACUCACAAGCGAUGCAAGACACAUCAGAUAAAAUGCAAAAGCUUUUAACUGAAAAGGAACAGUUAUCUGAGCAAUGCGUAGCAUUGGAAGUGAAAAACAAAGAGUUGAUGGAAAAGUUGAAGAAGUUUGCUGUUAACAUUAAGAAAAAGUCUUCCAUGUAUACUGAUUUAGAAAAUCAGUUCCAUCAAGUACAACAUCAAUUAGAAGCUAAAAAUGAACAUAUGGAACAGCUUUUGAUUCAAGUCGAAACACUUCCUGCUCUGCAGGAAAAAUUAAAGCACGCAGAAGAAGAGAUCAAUCGGCUACAAAUCCAAAGAGUUUCCUAUGAACAACAACUGCGCGAAGCGCGCCAAGAAGUCGUCGAUUUAAAUAGUGGAAUUAUAUUAACAACUAACCAUCUAACUGAUAUGCAAGAAAAAAAUUUCACGCUAGAAUCACAAGUAGUUAUGUCAAAUCAAAAAGCUGUUGCGCUAGAGAUUGAACUGAAAAACAAUGCCAAUCUUGUGACAAAAGUAUCUACUUUAGAAGCAGAUAACAAUUAUAAACAAGCUCAAAUUGUUGAUCUUCUAAACAAAUUAGGUAACCAAGAGCAAAUAUUGACACAGUUACAGUUUGGCCAUGAUGCUAAAAUACAGGAGCGUGAUUUGUACAUUGAGACGCUGGAAACUGAAAUGAAUAAAUACAAAACACGAAUAUGCCGACUCGAGGAAAGUAUAUCCAUUAUGGAAGACAGACGCCAUUCUUUGGAGCGAAAGGCAGAUCAAUUAGAUAGCCAGCUACAAGAAAAACAAAAGGCUUAUACUGAUUAUUCCAGCCAAGAAGAUGAACUUGUUAGUAGAUUAGCAGUUCUCAUGGAUCAUGACAGAGUUGUGGAAAAACAACUGCAUGAAAUAGAGAGUGAAAAUAGACACUUACAAGAUAAGCUACAAUAUCUUACUGAAGAAAAUAAGCAUUUACGUAAAUCUUUGUCUGAAGUUCAAGAUAAUUAUAACACAAUAAUAGAUAAGGCUAAUCGAACAGAUGUUGCAGAAAACACAAUUAUAAAAUUGCAAAAUCAAGUACGUGACUUAGAAGCUCAACUUAAACGUAUAACACAGGAACAUCAAGCGAUAAUUCUUAAAAAGAAACAAGACAUUGAAGAUCUUGAAACAGAAUUUACGACACAAAUAGACAACGCAAUAAAAGAGAAAAAGAUGUAUAGUGAAAAGUAUGAAAAAAUCACUGAGCAUAUUACACAGUUGGAAAUAAAACUUCAAGAAUAUAGUAGUGAAAAUGAGCGGCUAAAAAUAAAUAUGGAAGAACUUAACCGUAUAAACCAGGACAUUCUUGACAAAUCGGAUUUGCAACAACAGCAAGCCGCACCUGAUUACACAGAUCAGUACAUAACUGAGAUAAAUAGAUUAAAUGCACUUGUUAAUAAUAAAAAUCAAGAAAUUCAAGAAGUCAAUAAUAAGUUACAUUCGGUUCAAGUUAACGGAGCAUCAACAGUUUCUAAUUUAGAAAGUAAAAUCAAUGAUUUAACUAAUAAGUUACAACAAUCUACAUCAGAUGUUGAUCAAUUAAUAAAUGAAAUACAAAUAUUGAAACAAGACAAUGAGCAAUUGCAGCACCUAAUACUUCAGAAAGAAGAACAAUAUAAGGAGUUAAAAGAUAGAAAAAAAGUUUCAUUUGAAAUGAAUAUUCCUAAGACUGAGGGAUUGAUUAUUUCUUCUACUAUCGAAGCAGUUAAUACCGAAGAACCAGCUAAAUAUAAUAUAUCAGAUUUAGAGUCACAAAUAGUAUCCGACGUCUCGUCUAAUUAUUCUGAUACUAAGCCCAGUGACAGUAAAACUACUGAUUCUGUACAAAAAAGCGCAUUUGUUGCAGGAUCUGAUGUAUUAGAUUCUAAAAAUGUCUCGGAAGAAGUUAUUGUGCCGAAAAAAGCAUAUCUUUGUUAUAAAGCAGAACAGGAUGAUAAUCCGAGUGAAGUUGAUCCUUUCAAUUCUGACGAGGGCUGGGGAUUUGGCGAAACUGAAGAAGUACCAACUGAUGUGUCGUCUGAAUACGCUCAUCUUAAUGAAAAAAUAAGCCAACUUCAAAAAGAGAAUGAAACGUUAAAAAAAGAUCUUGAUGCCAAUAACACAAAACUGUUGAAAGUUAUGAAAAAGCUGAAAGAAUUUAAGAAUAACAAUGAUAUGUUAUCUAACGAACUGAAAUUAUCCAAACAAUUAUCUCAAUCAUCAUUUUUAGACAGCGCUAUUGAAGAUGAACUUCGUAAUACCAUCAUGGAAUUAGAAAAGAAGCUAGGAGAGCUUAAUUCAGAUUUGCAAAAAGAAAAACGAGAGAAAGAAACAAUCAAAAAACAAAAUGAAGUAUUUAGUAACGCCAAUGAAAGAUUAACUGAUAUGAAAGAAAAACUUGAUAGUGAGAUUGAAUUAUGGAAAUUCAAAUUUAAAGAAGUAAACGAUAAAAUGUCAACUUUACAGUGGGGUGAAAAUAAAAAUACUCCAGAGCAUAAAAUUAGCUCUAGUCAUGACGCUACAACUGAUUCAGUGAAAAAUGAAAUGAUUAAACUAGAAAAAGAAAAUGACGAAUUACAAACAAUGGUUGAUCAGUUGACUUCUCAAAAUCGAGAACUACUAACUCGGGAAUCAAAACUGAGAAGUGAAAUUGAUGUCAUUACUCAAAAAAUGAAGCAGCAACAAUCAUGUCCAAAUUGUGAUAGUCUGAAUGCUUCAAUUUCUGAGUUAAGUGAGAAAAAUACUGAAUUACAAAAACACAGUGAAACAAUUAAUAAGAAACUUAAGGAAUUUGAAGUCCAGUCUAAUGAAGCUACUAAAAUGUAUGAAAAUUUAAAACUGGAAAGAGAUGAGAUAAAUCAGUUAUAUGAAAAUAGUAAAAGUGAAUUACUUAAAAAAUGUAAUGAAUUUGAAAGUGAGAUCCAAUCUCUUAAGGGUUCUGAGAAUGAAGCUAAAGUCAAUGCAGAGUCUCUGAAACUGGAACUUGAAAGAACACGUGAACAAUUACUUAUGUACGAGGAGCAACCGGCGAAGGUUCAGAAUGAAGACCUCUUAAUUUUAUCCGAAAAAAAUAACGCGUUAGAGGAAUAUUGCUCGCAAUUAAAAUGCCAGUUAGACGAAUCAUCCAACAAGGUAACAAAAUUGGAGACCCUUAAUCAAGAGAUGGCUCAAACAAUACAAAGUUAUGAAAAUAAAAAUGCAUCGCGUGUAGAAGAAAAUUACCACAUAGAAAUUAACAAUAAAAACCUUGAGCAGAAAGUACAACAAUAUGCAAAACAAAUUACUGAGCUUACUCUCAGACUUCAAAACCUGAACAUAGAAAAUGAUCAAUUACUUUCGAGCUUAGCUGAGUUACGUUCAUCUAUGUCCAGCGCUGUUGAUCAACGAGGUUUUGAAAUAGCAGAACUUUGGAAGCAGCACCUAGCACAGAGAGAAGCCGAUUUUCUUAAAGUUGAACAAGAACUUAGAGCUGAAUUAAGCGCAUCUGAAACCAAAUACGAGCAACUACUCGACAACGUCCAGUCAUUUAGUCAAGAAGAAACAAAUAAAUUAGUAAUGAUGGAACAGGUUACUUCGUUGCAAAAUAAACUUCAAGAUAAAGAGGGACAUUUACAUAGCCUUCAAGAAAAAUACUGUGAAGUAAUGAACCAGUUGGAAUUAUUACGUUCAGAAAUAGAGGACGAAAAAGUUAUGUACGAAAAUAAAUUGCUUUCACAACAAGAAGAAUAUGAGAAGUUGAUUCAAGAAAAGGAAGAAACUAAUAAACGGCACACAGAAAACUACGAGCAAAAGUAUCAAAACGCUCAAAAUGAUUUAGCAACGUUCAAGGCAAAUAACGAAGAAUUGUGUCAGCAAGUGGAUGAGCUUAAUAGAAAAUUAGAAGAAGUGGCUUCUACUAUUGUAGAUUUAAAUAACCAAAUACGUUUAAAAGAUAGUGAAAUAUACCAAAAAACUCAUGAGUAUACUUUAACCCUAACUCAAAGGAAUGAAGAAUUUGAAAAUGUCAGAAAACAACUGCUUGAAUUUGAGAAAAAAAUCGAAGAUCUAAGUUAUGAAAAAGAGUCUGAACUUGCUAUUUUAAGAUUGAAAAUGCAUGAAAAUAUAGAAUAUUAUGAAAAAAAUAUAAACGAUUUGAACACAGACAAAUCGAAUUUAGAAGAAGCUUUAAAUGCAAAGUUAAUUGAGUGUACAAACCUUAACAAACUGAUAGUAGAUUUGAACAAAUCUUUAGAAGAGCACUCAUCUAGAAUCAAGGAAAUGCAAGUUGCACUUGAAAAUCAAGAAUUGGAAAUAGUUACACUGAAAGAUGAAUUGAAUACUUUAGAAAACAUGAUGAGAAAGGCGAGCACUAGAGUAGAAAAGCACGUUACUUUUGCUUCCGAUACAAAAUCGAGUGACGAAGGCGAGAGCCAGGAGGGUUUAGUUAAUAAAGAACUUUUAGACGCAGUGCCAAGAGCUGAACUGGAUUUGGCACUGUACAUGUUGCACCAGAGAGAUGUGCGCUGCGAGGAACUCACGAUGGAGCUCACACAACUGUUGGAAGAACGAGACACCUUGCAAUUACGGCUCUCGGACAGUUUACGGUCAAAUGAAGAGAUGAAAUCAAAAAUUAAGUCGAUAGAAUUAGAUACGUCCACUGACAGCCAGGAAACGGUAUCUGAAUUACCCAGUUUCAGCGUGGAAAGAGAACACUCGCAGUUCGUUGACACUCACCGAGGCCAGACGUCCCGCAGUAGCAGCGUGAGCGAAGCCGAUGGAGAUAAACCGAAGCUGCAAGCCAAGUUAUCCGAACUGCGCAGCGUGAAGCACAGCCGCGACGUGCGCUUCCGACAGGAGAGCGAGCAGCGGCAGAUGGACCUGCGCCUGCUGCAGCGCGACGUUGCGCACCUGCCGCCCGAGGCCCGCGACCAGCUCGCGCAGGCACACCACACCCUGUCGCGUGAUUCCCAGAGCACGUCGACAGUUCUUUUGAACUGGCUUCGAGGCAAGAGCACCCCAAAAGUCAUGCACAUGUGAGUUCGACGAAAUCACGGGACAAUAACCUGUAUUACAAAUAUUAGUGGCCACCCUUAGCGUUUAUCUAAGUAUACAGAAACAUAUUAUGGGGUUUAGGUUAGACAUUACUUGUUCUUUUCUUUAUUCAUAGAACUGUCUUCCCUUGUUUAGACUUAUCUGCAUUUAUAAUCAAAUUUUCCACCACCUCACGACUCAAUUGUAAAUGUUUGGGAAAACAUUGUUACAAAUUGUGCACCUUAACGAACUUGUCAUCUUCAUCAGUUAACAUGACGCUCGACCUUAUUUAUUUAUCAGUGUUAGAAUUAAACCUUAUCACCCGAGUAAUUGGUCAAUCGGAAAAUUUUUGGAGUUUAACAACCUGAACUAUUUUCACUUUAUCAUUUUGACAAUACUUAUUUAUUAGCUUAUCGAGAGGUUUAAAACUAAUACUGAUAAAUAUAAUUUAGCAAAAGCUGCCGAUAAUUUUAAUGAAAUCAUUAUUUUUAUAUUUUAUAAUUAUUUCUGUCUGGUCGCGAGGACUUAAAUCACUCGCGUACUAUUGUUUUGCUUUCUUUUGUUUUGACAGUCAUAAACCAUCUUCUUAACGUGGGAUUCAAACCAAAUGGACAGUAAUAAGUUUUAUUACUCUAUUCUACAAUGCCUGAUUUUGUGUAUUCUUUCUUUGACCCACGAUACACAUUGACACCAAAUUCAUUGCGGUUAAAUGCUGUAACAAAAUUAUGUUCUGUUGUAUAUAAAAAUUAAUGCAGCUUUAUGUAUUUGACGUUAUGUUAUGCUGCCUGAUGUGAUUUGGCAAGUACGAGCGAACGAUAUUUUACGAAGCAUUCCUUAAAAUUUUAUAUAUCAUUGCAUACUUUGUCUUUAUCAUUUUACUAUUCUAAAUUCUUUGGUUUAGGGUUAAUUAUUGUCUUGUAUGGUGCGUACUACUAGCUCUUGAAAAUUGUCGCACCAGUCUUGUAGUACUACACCUAGAAAACCGGUUACACUUUAGUGACACAUAUACUACUAUUCAAACGCUAGACAGGCCCUUAUUUUAAAACGAACUUCAAAACUAGAUUCAAUCUCGAUUAUAGUACUCGACGUACAUUCAACCAAACUGGUGAUUGGUGGUAUUUCAGUCUUAAGACCAAUGACAUGGAAGAUAUGAUUCAUUAUAAUAAUAUGACGUUUGAACGUCGUUUCAGAAUACGGGCCCAAAACAUUAUGUAGAUAUUUAUGCCAAUGUCAUGUUUAGUUGUACCUACUGUGUAAGUAUUUGAUUAUUAUGAAAACUUAAUUUCGAAGCGUGCCUUCUCGUUCAUAAACCAAUAAUUGUAAAUGUUAUUCAAUUCAUGUUAUGAUACAUUUUAUUGUACUUGUAUGAUUUAUGUAUAUAAACUGGGUCCCAUUAUGGAUGAGGAUCUUUGUAUAUGACACUGUAAAUUUGUUUUUGAAUAAAUGUUAAUUCAUCAUAAA